GGAGGAUGGAGGGCUGACUUGGGGCAACCCAAGUAAGGCUGGAGCCAGCCCUCCAUCUCCCCUCCUCCUCCUGGGCAGCCCCUCCCUCCCAUCUGCGCAUCCCCCUUGGGCUCAGCCCACCCCACGCCCACCCUGCCUUCCCUCUCCCUUUGGCAGCAGCAGCAGCAGCCACCACCACCGCAGGAGCCUCUCCAGCCUUCACUCCUGCUGCUCCUGCCAGGAAUUGCUUUGAGCCCUCUCUUCUUCCUCCAUCCCCGCCUUGGAGAGGGCAGCAGAAGCCAUGCCGAGGCGACGGGCGUGAGGAAGGGGCUUGUGCCAGCCCCCGGGGGCGCCCCUUCCUCCCUCCCCGGCUUUGGCACCAUGAGCCCGGCGUCGUGAGCGCAGGCGGCGGCGGGCAAGGGGCAUCUCCAUGGUGCAGGAGGGCGGCAUGUCACGCACACCUUACAGCUCCAGCCAAGACAUCCAGAUGGAGGUCUUAGACAACCCUGGUCUCCAGGGGAAAUAUAGCAAAAGGAAAAACCGCUUCAAACGCUCCGAUGGCAGUACCUCCUCUGACACGACUUCAAACAGUUUCGUCAGGCAGGGUUCUGCUGAAUCUUAUACCAGUCGUCCAUCUGACUCUGAUGUGUCCCUGGAGGAAGACCGGGAGGCCCUACGCAAGGAAGCAGAGCGCCAGGCCUUGGCACAGCUGGAGAAAGCGAAGACCAAGCCAGUGGCAUUUGCAGUGAGGACAAAUGUGGGUUAUAAUCCUUCUCCCAAUGAUGAUGUACCAGUCCAAGGCAUGUCUAUUUCCUUUGAACCCAAAGAUUUCCUUCAUAUCAAAGAGAAAUACAACAAUGAUUGGUGGAUUGGGCGCCUGGUCAAAGAAGGCUGUGAAGUUGGCUUUAUCCCCAGUCCUGUCAAGUUGGAAAACAUGAGGAUGCUCCAGGAACAAAAGAUGCGGCAGCACCGGCUUAGUUCUAGUAAAUCAGGAGACAAUUCCACCUCCAGCCUGGGAGAUGUGGUGACAGGCCCCCGAAGACCUACCCCACCUGCUAGUGGUAACCUGGAGAUGACUAACUUAGCUUAUGACCCAGAUGCCCUUGAAUUAGAGGAGGAGGAGGAGGAGGCAGCAACUGAAGAGAGCCAGCGAACCCCUAAGUCUAGUGUUAGCAGUGUCACCACGCCCCCCUCCACCACCAAGCGCAUCCCCUUCUUUAAGAAGGCUGAACAUGUGCCACCCUAUGAUGUGGUUCCUUCUAUGCGACCCAUAAUUCUUGUAGGCCCAUCCUUGAAGGGGUAUGAGGUGACGGACAUGAUGCAGAAAGCUUUGUUUGAUUUCCUGAAACGUCGAUUCGAUGGCAGAAUAUCCAUCACUCGAGUGACAGCUGAUAUCUCCCUGGCCAAGCGUUCAGUCCUCAAUAACCCAAGCAAACACACCAUCAUUGAACGGUCCAGUACCCGCUCUAGCCUGGCCGAAGUACAGAGUGAAAUCGAGCGCAUCUUUGAGCUGGCCCGCACACUCCAACUGGUAGCCUUGGAUGCAGACACCAUCAAUCAUCCAGCUCAACUUUCCAAGACCUCAUUAGCACCAAUUAUUGUAUAUAUUAAGAUAUCUUCCCCUAAGGUGCUUCAAAGACUGGUGAAAUCUCGAGGCAAAUCCCAGGCCAAGCAUUUGAAUGUGCAGAUGGUGGCAUCCGACAAAUUGGCGCAGUGCCCUCCAGAGAUGUUUGAUAUAAUUCUGGAUGAAAACCAGUUAGAAGAUGCCUGUGAGCACCUGGCUGAGUACCUAGAAGCCUACUGGAAAGCCACGCAUCCUCCUAGCAGCAACCCACCCAAUCCCCUGUUGACCCGUACCAUGGCAACUGCCGCCCUGGCUUCCAGCCCUGCCCCAGUCUCCAACCUUCAGAGACCCUACUUAGUGCAUGGGGAGGAGGCUCAUGACCCUGAGCAUGCCGGCCUGCACGAGUACGCAGGGCAGCCAGAUGUGCGAGGCCAGAUUCGCUCCAUGCAGCCUCCCUCACACUUUGCUGCCCGGAGCCUUUCCCGCCAGGACACCUUUGAUACGGAGACGCAGGGCAGCCGUGAUUCUGCCUACAUCGACCCGGCGGAUUCUUGCAUGGACAUCGAGACUGACCCCUAUGAGGAACCGGAGCCUCGUUGCCCUCAGCAAGGAGUGGGCCAUCGCCACCCUCAGCGCCAGGGCUCCUGGGAGGCAGAGGAGCCUGAUUCCCAUCGUACGCAGUACCGGGGCCACCGUCACCCCCAGAGCUCCUGGGAAGCUGAGGAGCCUGACCGACAAAACCACAACCGGCCUCUGCGUGGGCGCGGCAAGGGGAGGGCCCGCUAUUGCCAGGAUGAGGAGGAAGCCCUGGGUCGUAACCAUAAUGACAUGGAGGACUGGGGAAGGGAUGCCUACAUCCGUUGAGCGCCUUCAGAGGCAUGGCUUUCAUACACUGAGGAAGAGGCCUCUUCCCAUUUAGAGCCUCCUGGGGACCAAAGCUGUUUUUUGGUUGUAUGGCACCAGGGGAUUAGACGUAAUCUGCAACAGCCUUGACCAAGUGGUGGGAGUGGGUAGGUAGCAUUCCCUAAACCACACUAGCACUGGCCAGAUCUGUGAGUGAACUCCCUUCCUCACCCUUCUAGUUUAGGGACUCCCCAUCCCUUUGCCUUGCCCUUUGUGCCAGCAACUUCUCUGAACAUCCGAGUCCUACCAGCCAGUACUGCCUGGGCUUUCCCCCCACGAGAUCAUAAAUAAUCACAUGUACCUUAAAUUCCUCUUUCUACUUGGGGGCUCCCUGUGGGGCCUGGAGAGGAAGAGGGCUGGUCUCCAUCGGUGCCUCGGAUCACCUAUACACUCGGGUAACAGCUGCGGUGGACAGCCGGCCAUGUGCCACCCCUCCUGUCUUGCCUACCUGCCACCUCUAAGGCCAAACAGCUCCCAGAUUAAUAUGCCCUCCUCCCUUCGGCAAAAGUCAGCUAUCCAUUGAUCUCUUCCUUUGCCUGCUUUGCGGUGCUUUACCAGCCCUACUGGUAGGGGGCAGUAAGCAGACAUCUGGGCAGGGAGGCGAAAGCCAACUCCCAGUUUGCUGUCGCGAGAUUCUCCAGUGCCUACAAGCAAAAACCAGCCCCAACCACCUUAAAGUCUUCAGCCUACCCAUCCUCUAGUGCCUCAGCUCAUGACCCUUCUGGAUGUCUUUUAUUUGCUGGGCAAAUCCUGGGCAUAAAAAGUGUGUGGCUGGCAUGUGCCAUGCCUGGCAGACAAGGAAGUCUUUGGAGUGUGUUUCUUGCAAAUGUGCCUGUAACUUGCUGUUUUGCUCUUAAUACCAGUUUUGAAAUCUUC